UUUUUUUUUUUUACCAUGCCUGAGCCAGCGAAGUCCGCGCCCGCCCCGAAGAAGGGCUCCAAGAAGGCCGUGACCAAGGCGCAGAAGAAGGAUGGCAAGAAGCGCAAGCGCAGCCGCAAGGAGAGCUACUCGGUGUACGUGUACAAGGUGCUGAAGCAAGUGCACCCCGACACGGGCAUCUCCUCCAAGGCCAUGGGCAUCAUGAACUCGUUCGUGAACGACAUCUUCGAGCGCAUCGCGGGCGAGGCGUCGCGCCUGGCGCAUUACAACAAGCGCUCGACCAUCACGUCCCGGGAGAUCCAGACGGCCGUGCGCCUGCUGCUGCCCGGAGAGCUGGCCAAGCACGCCGUGUCCGAGGGCACCAAGGCCGUCACCAAGUACACCAGCUCCAAACAUUUUUAACCAGACAUAAUGAACUUACAAAUCCUGAGGCCUGAUCCUCAAAAUGGAAACAAACGGGGUUUAUAUUAACCCUUUCAUCUGUUGAGAAUCAACAUCAGGUUUGGUGUGGUUUGGUUUUGCUUUUGCUUUUUGAGACAGGGUUUCCCUGGGUAGCUGUUCUGGAACUCACUCUGUAGACUAGACUGCCUGGAACUCAGAGAUCCAUCUGCUUCUGCCUCCCACAUGCUAAAGCACAUUGCGUGUUUUUCCGGGCUGUUCUGAUGUUUUGUUUUGUGUCUGUCCCAGAGUCAAGUGGCCUUUUGACCCAGGACAGAGAUUUGCGGAAACUUUUUAAACAAGCAAGCUUAGGUCUGGAGAGCGUGGGCCAUAACCGAACCCCAGAGCCGGUUUCUUAAUAAAGGAGAGCAGUCUGAAGCAAUAUCAUCCAUACCCAAAAUACAUCUGAAUCCCCACAAAGCUGAAUCAAGUGACCAGAAGGAGGAACCAGUACACAGAGAGGACAAAGAAGGCCCGGAGAUGAGAUUUUUGUGGGACUUAAACAGUAGACUUGACAGAGCAAAGGCAACCAGAGGGACAGAGCCUGAGCAAGUGCCACAAGGGAGCUAGCUAGCUGGGAGACGGGACGACAGCAGAACUUACACAGACAAAUACGGGACAACACAGCUGCAGAUUAAGGGAGUCCCAACUGGGAUUCACAUCACCUUAGCAAAUACACACGGUAGUAAUCAGACAAACAUGGCAGGGCCUUCACCUAACGCAGCACACUGACAACCUAGGGCUUCAGGGAUGCAGAGUUGCCUACCCAAAAGUCAACACGGUGUUCCUGAUUUAAACAGCAUUUUCUUGACUUUUCUCCAGCUAAAACAGUAGCUUUUGCCACCAUGUUUAGAAUUGUAAAUAGCUCUGUCUUCUAGAAUGGAUCUCAUUAAAGCCGUCCAGUCAUACAGGGUUAAGAAGUAAUUUAGGAGCAAGUCCUUGUAAAAUUUUAAGUAAGCGAAUGUAUUCCAUGAGUAAAUACUUACCUGUUUAGAAUCUGUAAAAGUUUCAUUAAGAUAAUAAGAGUAUGACUAUAGUGUAUUUGUCCUUGAAGAUACUGAAAGAGUUAGGGGUACUUUGAAUCAUAGUUAGAGAAAAUGCCUUUAUAACUCGGGGGGGGGAGGGCUUCUUUUUUAAUUUUUUUCGUAAGGAUUAUAAGCACAAGGUCUUAUAUACAUUCCUUUUUGUGCAUAAUAUGCGCUAAUUGUUUAAUAUUCAUAAUUCUUUAUAUUGACUGUUAGAUGCUACUAUUUUAUCAUCUGAUUCAGGACUUACUUAUAGAUUCAUUAUCAAUUUCUGUAUCAAAUAAAGCUUGAAUAUUUGGCUGGUU